AUGUCGACUUUUAGAAGUGAAACAAUCCCGCUGAAGGAGUUGACCACAAGGAACAAAGGCCACACCACAGAGACGGAUGCUUCACUAGCCAUAAACGAAGAGCGUUUUCAAGGAGCCGAAGGUGACGAAUUCACCCACGUCCAGAUUAUAGUACAACUGUACCAAGAUUUGAUGUGCAUUAAAUGCAUGCAAGUAAAAUCAGAGAUAAAGGUUUUUGCGGAUUAUGGAGGAUCAGGAUGGGAAGACAAUAAUCCAUCAGUUUUCGUAAUGACAAUUAUAAGUGAUAAUGCUCUACAUGGUGAAUACCAACUGACUAAUGGUUAUGGUCUGGGUAGAGCGCUUCAAGUUUUGCAGUAUGGGAUGAAGGUAAUUAUAGAUCUUCACGUUAUUAACGGCUCUCAAAAUGGCUGGGAACAUAGUAGCACAAGGUAUGGAUAUAAGGAAUGGGGAGAUUCCUACAUACCAGACACCGUAUCAAUCAUAGAUUUCCUUGUGAAAAGAUAUGCUAACAAUCCAAGCCUUAUAGCAAUUGAGUUAAUGAACGAGCCAUUGGCACCAGGCGUGAAUCUAGACACCCUAAAAAGGUAUUACAAAGAGGGUUAUGAAGCUGUGAGGAAGUACACAUCAAAUGCUUAUGUGAUUCUAUCAAACCGAUUGGGCCCCGCAGAUCAAACGGAUCCAAAAGAGCUUCUAUCAUUUGAUAGUGGCCUCAAUAGUGUGGUAAUUGACGUGCAUUACUAUAGCCUUUAUACUGAAAUGUUCCGAAGCAUGAAUGCGCAACAACACAUUGAUUAUAUCUUCAAUCAAGGAGCUUCUGAUCUUGGAACUUUGACAACUUCGAAUGGUCCUUACACUUUUGUUGGGGAAUGGAGUGCAAAAUGGGACGUGAAAGAAGCAACAAUGCAAGACUAUCAAAGAUUUGCAAGAGCUAUGUUAGAUGUCUAUGGACGUGCCACUUUUGGAUGGUCCUAUUGGACUUACAAGAAUCAGAAUCAUAAUUAA